AUAUUGAAGCUUUAAGUAAUGUUGUCAGUACACUUGUAGAAGAGAAUCUUCUUGAAGACAUAGAUGAAAAACAGUACAAGUUAUUUCAUGAUGAAGUUGUACAGGUUCUUAAUGGGCUUGAUGAAUCAUUGCAGCUUGAUCCAUCUAAAAAUGGUAAAAAAUCUCCGAUAAAAGUUGAAGUAGGUUUUACAACAGUUACACUGACAUCGCCAUGA